AUGGGUUCCAGUCAUGGAAAAUCUUCAACUAUCAGGGAUCAAUCAGUUGAAGGCACAUUAUCUUCAGAUGGAGUUGAGACAGUUAUGGCAGAAGAGAAGGAAGAAAUCCUUCACAUCAGGAGACGGAAACCAAAUCCAAGACUCGGCCGAGGAGUACCAAAAGGCAUAGAAGGUGAACUAGUUUCUGCUGGAUGGCCUAAUUGGCUUGUUGCAGUAGCUAGUGAAGCUUUAAUUGGAUGGAUUCCAAGAACACCUGAUACUUUCGUGAAGAUGGAUAAGAUUGGCCAGGGAACUUACAGUAAUGUCUACAAGGCUCAUGAUUGUAUUCUCAAUAAGGUUGUUGCUCUGAAGAAGGUUCGUUUGGACAAUCUUGAUCCUGAGAGUGUCAAGUUUAUGGCGAGAGAGAUCAUCAUAUUGAGAAGGCUUGGUGAUCACCCGAACGUUAUCAAAUUGGAAGGUUUAUCCAUCUCAAGAAUGUCCAACAGUUUGUACCUUGUUUUUGAUUGCAUGGAAUAUGAUCUCAAGGGAAUUCAAGAACAAAAAGGAGUCAAGUUUACUGAACCUGAGAUCAAAUGUUACAUGAACCAGCUGCUUAAAGGGCUUGAUCACUGCCAUAGCUGUGGUAUCUUGCAUCGAGAUAUAACAACUUCUAACCUGUUAGUUAACAAAGAAGGUAUCCUGAAAGUUGCAGAUUUUGGGCUGUCAACACUUUUUGAUCCAGAACAAAGCAUCCCCUUAACUAGCCAGAUUGUGACUCUCUGGUAUAGGCCACCAGAACUUUUGCUUGGAUCAAAUUCUUAUGGAGUUGGAGUUGAUUUAUGGGGUGUUGGUUGUGUACUUGGUGAACUAUUUACUGGCAAGCCUAUUAUGCCUGGUAGAACUGAAGUUGAUCAAUUGCAUAAAAUCUUCAAGCUCUGUGGUUCUCCAUCUGAUGAUUUUUGGCUACAAUCUAAAUUGCCUAAUGCAAAGGUAUUUAAGCCAAUAGAGCCUUACAGACGGAUUCUUCACACGGCCUUUCAUGAUCUUCCUGCAUCUGCUGUAGGACUAAUGGACACUUUACUUUCCAUAAAAGCUGAAUAUCGAGGGACUGCAGCUCUUGCUCUUCAGAAUGAAUUUUUCACAACAGAACCGUUUGCUUGUGACCCCUCAAGUUUGCCACGAUGCUGCUCCAGCAAAAAGAUCAAUGCAAAAACGACAGAAACCAAGGGGAGUAGGGACCGGAAUUAUGCACGCGAUAGAAGGGUAAGGGCAUUUCCAGCAGCUGAAGCUAAUGCAGAAUUGAAGACUAACAGAGACAGAAGACAACUCCUUACCCAUUCAAAAGCCCAGAAUAGGCUUGAAAAAACCAAUGAAUAUGUCUCAGGAGGUGUUCUAAAUGAAGGAACAAACUCUUCUGCAUCUUUUCAGGAGUCCAGAAGAAAAGAGGGAUCAAAGAAUUAUACUCAGAGGUAUGCUACUCCUAAUCAAAGAGCAAAAAGGAAAGAACCAAUUCAUGAUAUCAAGGGAAAGAAGAAGUGGUCAGGUCCACUAUCUGAUCCAUCAGAUAAAAUGCAGGAUUUACUCAGAGAGCAUGACAAUAUGAUCCUCAAAACUGCUACGUGUGCGAGGCUUGAGAAGGGAUCAACUGCUAAAGGGAAUGACCAUGACUCUAAGGGAAAGACGAAUCAUUCAUCAACAUUGACUAGUGACCAAAUUUCUACUCUUUUACCUGACAAAUGGACCGGUGUGGAGGACUUACAAGAAGAUCACAAGGCAUGGAUCCUAAAAGAUCCUAAAAUAUUGGACAACCAAUAUUUUGGUCCACUUCCAUCUGCAUCAAAACCAAUCGAUGUGGAUAGAAUACUUAGAGCGCACGACCAACAGAUCCAAGAAUCUGUUGAACGUGCCAAGCAACAGAAAAAACUAGCUAAAGCUCGGUGUUGA